GCCUGGUCAGGUCCUGCCGCCGGCCUGCCUGGGGGAGGAGCCCGAGCACGCGGCGGCCAACAGCAGGACGCUGACGCGGGCGGCCUCGCUGCGCGGCGGCGCGGGCGCCCCGGGCUCGCCCAGCACACCUCCAACGCGCUUCUUCACCGAGAAGAAGAUCCCCCACGAGUGCCUCGUCAUCGGGGCCAUAGAAAGCGCGUUCAAGGAAAUGGAUUUACAAAUAGAACGAGAGAGGACUGUGUAUAAUAUUUCUGGUGGCUGCACAGCCCUUGUUGUGGUGUAUUUAUUGGGGAAGCUCUACGUGGCAAAUGCCGGUGACAGCAG